GAUUGUCGAAGCCUGAAAAUCAUUUUUACAGUUAUUCAAUAAAGAUCCUUCUUUCUUCUUACUUUUCUGAUCCAGUUCUAUCAUUGGAGUAAAUAUUCUCACUAAUUUCUGUAGACCAAAGGUAAAAUCUCCUCCUCAAGAGAUAUUAUUAAAGCUGGAGAAGGAGCCAGAGUUGAAGGAAUUAUCCCAAGAAAGCUCCAAGCAUGUAUUUAAUCUUGGUUUGUCUAAGCUUCAAUGUUCUCUGUUGAUGAAUGGGCUUGUUAUUGAUCCCAAUGAGUUUGAGUCUCUCCUCGUCAGUCGUCACCACCAAAAUGUCACGGCGGCAACGUCUCCGGAAAGACAGACUCACUUCUUUGCCGGACGAAAUUCUGGAACACAUUCUCUCCUAUCUUCCAACCAAAGACUCCGUCGCCACAAGCUUCCUCUCAAAAAGAUGGAAAUCACGAUCACUCUGGCGCUCACAGCUCAACUUGGACUUUGACGACAAAACCUUUCAAGAUUCUUUCUCCUUUCGCCUAUUCUUGCACUACUUCGUCACCAACGGAGAUAACACCCAACCAAUCCACUCAUUCCAACUUAAUUGCAGCAGCCACGGCAACGUUAUACCUACUAGCAUUCUAAGUAUCAAAACUUUGUCAGUCCUGAAAUUGAAGAGUGUAACAUUAAACGAGGAUGAUCCAUGUUGCUUUGAUUUUCCUUCUCUCAAAGUUCUUCACUUGGAAUCUGUCACUUUCACAUGUUACAACAAUAUCAGUAUACUUCUAUCUGCAUGUCCCAUUCUAGAGGAGUUGGAAACAAAGGAUUUAAAUGUAGAGGAACUUGAAUCUCCUGCAGGUGCAGAUGUUCUAAGCCUAUCCAAUUUGGUCAGUGCUGACAUUUCCGGUGACAUAAUUCGGCCUCAUUGGCUCCAUAACGUCCACCAUCUCCGCAUAAAAAUGCAGUGGUUCGAUUGUUUAGAUGGCAUGUUUCACAAUUUAAUCCAUAUGGAGCUUAUAUUCGACUGUACCUAUCAUUCACAAAGGUUCAAGUGGGGGUGGCUGAUAAAACUUCUUCAAAAUUCCCCCAAGCUACAAACUAUGAUCAUUGAAGAGUAUGAUGAUACAAUUCACAAUUACGCUGAUCAAGAAUGGAAGGACCCAGAAUUCGUUCCAGAAUGCUUCUUAUCUCAUCUUACAACAUGCUCACUUAGAAAUUACACAAGCCCAAAUUGCAGGAUGCAAUUUGCAAAAUAUAUAAUGCAGAAUUCAAGAGUACUAAGCACCAUGACAAUUCAGAUUGCCAAAUCCGUAAAGUCGAGUACAAAGAUCCAAAUGUGCAAGGAGUUAUCUUUGUGUCCAACGAAUUCGGCCACAUGCAAACUUUUAUUUAUUUGAUUGUUAAUGGAUAUUGGAUAGAACAUAUGUAAAAUAUAGCUCUAAUCUUUAGAAAGACAUGAACUGUAUCUUAAGGAGAAAUAUCAUAAUCUGAUUCUAGUGAAAACCAUGUGAAUUUUCUUUCUUUGGGU